GUUCUUAGAAUGAAUAAAUUUAUGGACUAAUUGUUGCAUUUUAUCAACAUUGCGAAAUCGUGUGCCAAAAAGACUGAGCUACAUAGAACGAAAAGUAGAAAACAUUUUGCACUCCGUCUUCUGUACGAAAAGAUCUGUUAGUGGGACGAAAGUAUGGAGGCUAGCGGAAGAUAUAACUCAUAUGUAAAAGUUCCUCCGAGUGAAGAAAUUGUGAUUUCCGGUAUCGCUGGUCGGUUUCCUGAAACAAACAAUAUGAAGGAGUUGCAAGAAAAUCUCUUGAACAAAGUGGAUUUCGGUUCGGACGACAAUCGACGGUGGAGUAAUGUUUAUUAUGAUAUGCCAACUCGAAUGGGGAAAGUUAAUAAUGCAGACAAGUUCGACGCGCAAUACUUUGAUAUUUCACCUGAGGAGGCGCAUGUUACCGAUCCCAUGUGCAGGAUGUUGCUCGAGCACACCUACGAAGCGAUUAUCGACGCUGGAGUAAAUCCUAAAGAAUUGCGAGGGACAAAAACUGGUGUCUUCAUAGGAUCAUGUUACUCUGAAGCGACCAACGAGAUCCUUUAUUACAAGACUGAAGCAGCUGGAUACCCAAUUAUUGGCUGCAGUAAAUACUGGUUGGCGAACAGCAUUUCUCACUGGCUCGGCCUUACCGCACCAUCUUAUACCGUGGACACAGCCUGCAGUUCAAGCCACUUCGCUAUUGCAGAAGCUUACAGAAUGAUACGAAAUGGAGAAUGUGAUGCCAGCUAUCGUGGGUGGUGUCAACCUAUGUCUUCAUCCUUAUACAUCGCUUCAGUUUUUUCAGCUCGGUAAGUGCUUGAACUUGAAAAUAUGAUCAUUCAUUGUGAAGAGAUUUGUGGCUUAAGUGCUAUUCUCUCUAAAUCUGAAACAGUGAAUAGUCGUUGAUUGUCUGUAAGUAUUCACUAAAUGCAUUAUUAGUGUCAGUAUGUAUUCGGUUGGCAACUAAGUAAUUGCGGAUUUUACUGACAAAUGACGAUAGUCGAAUUUUUAGGUAUAUCUACGUAUCCAAAAAGUCAAACCCAUAUUGCUGUUUGAUAGUUGGUAUUUCAAUUAGCAUUCAAUAAAAAAAUUCGAUAUCGAUCGGUUGUGUAGUUUUUGUUUGGCUGAAAAAUUGUUCGGUUG